AUGCAGACCAGCUUCAUGCUGUUAGCAUCAAGGGAAGCAGUUUACAUAACCACAGUCAUCAGUUACAUCACCACACUCAUCAGUUACAUCACCACAGUCAUCAGUUACAUCACCACAGUUACAUCACCACAGUCAUCAGUUACACCAGGAAAGAAAAAAUACACAUCAUCACCACAGUCAUCAGUUACAUCAUCACAGUCAUCAGUUAUAUCACCACAGUCAUCAGUUACAUCACCACAGUCAUUAGUUACAUCACCACAGUCAUUAGUUACAUCUCCACAGUCAUUAGUUACAUCAUCACAGUCAUCAGUUACAUCAUCACAGUCAUCAGUUACAUCACCACAGUCAUCAGUUACAUCACCACAGUUACAUCACCACAGUCAUCAGUUACACCAGGAAAGAAAAAAUACACAUCAUCACCACAGUCAUCAGUUACAUCAUCACAGUCAUCAGUUACAUCAUCACAGUCAUCAGUUGCAUCACCACAGUCAUCAGUUACAUCACCACAGUUACAUCACCACAGUCAUCAGUUACACCAGGAAAGAAAAAAUACACAUCAUCACCACAGUCAGCAGCUACAUCACCACAGUCAUCAGUUACAUCACCACAGUCAUCAGUUACAUCACCACAGUCAUUAGUUACAUCUCCACAGUCAUUAGUUACAUCGCCACAGUCAUCAGUUACAUUACCACAGUCAUUAGUUACAUUACCACAGUCAUCAGUUAUAUCACCACAGUCAUCAGUUACAUCACCACAGUCAUCAGUUACAUCGCCACAGUCAUCAGUUACAUCACCACAGUCAUCAGUUACAUCACCACAGUCAUCAGUUACAUCGCCACACUCAUCAGCUACGUCGCCACACUCAUCAGUUACAUCACCACAGUCAUCAGUUACAUCACCACAGUUACAUCACCACAGUCAUCAGUUACAUCACCACAGUCAUCAGUUACAUCGCCACACUCAUCAGUUACAUCACCACAGUCAUCAGUUACAUCACCACAGUUACAUCACCACAGUCAUCAGUUACAUCGCCACAGUCAUCAGUUACAUCACCACAGUCAUCAGUUACAUCACCACAGUCAGCAGCUACAUCACCACAGUCAUCAGUUACAUCACCACAGUUACAUCACCACAGUCAUCAGUUACAUCACCACAGUUACAUCGCCACACUCAUCAGUUACAUCACCACAGUCAUCAGUUACAUCACCACAGUUACAUCACCACAGUCAUCAGUUACAUCACCACAGUUACAUCACCACAGUCAUCAGUUACAUCACCACAGUCAUCAGUUACAUCUCCACAGUCAUUAGUUACAUCUCCACAGUCAUUAGUUACAUCGCCACAGUCAUCAGUUACAUAACCACAGUCAUCAGUUAUAUCAUCACAGUCAUCAGUUACAUCACCACAGUCAUCAGAUACAUCACCACACUCAUCAGUUACAUCACCACAGUCAUCAGAUACAUCACCACAGUCAUCAGUUACAUCACCACACUCAUCAGUUACAUCACCACACUCAUCAGUUACAUCGCCACACUCAUCAGUUACAUCACCACAGUCAUCAGCUACAUCACCACAGUUACAUCACCACAUUACAUCACCACAGUCAUCAGUUACAUCACCACAGUCAUCAGUUACAUCACCACAGUCAUCAGCUACAUCACUACAGUCAUCAGAUACAUCACCACAGUCAUCAGUUACAUCACCACAGUCAUCAGCUACAUCACCACAGUCAUCAGAUACAUCACCACAGUCAUCAGUUACAUCACCACAGUCAUCAGUUACAUCACCACAGUCAUCAGUUACAUCACCACAGUCAUCAGUUACAUCGCCACACUCAUCAGUUACAUCACCACAGUCACCAGUUACAUCACCACAGUUGCAUCACCACAGUCAUCAGUUACAUCACCACAGUCAUCAGUUACAUCACCACACUCAUCAAUUACAUCACCACAGUCAUCAGCUACAUCACCACAUUCAUCAGUUACAUUACCACAGUCAUCAGUUACAUCACCACACUCAUCAGUUACAUCACCACAGUCAUCAGUUACAUCACCACAGUUACAUCACCACAGUCAUCAUUUCAUCACCACAGUCAUCAGAUACAUCACCACAGUCAUCAGUUACAUCACCACAGUAAUCAGUUACAUCACCACAGUCAUCAGUUACAUCACCACACUCAUCAGUUACAUCACCACAGUCAUCAGUUACAUCACCACAGUCAUCAGUUACAUCGCCACACUCAUCAGUUACAUCACCACAGUCAUCAGUUACAUCACCACAGUCAUCAGUUACAUCACCACAGUCAUCAGCUACAUCACUACAGUCAUCAGAUACAUCACCACAGUCAUCAGUUACAUCACCACAGUCAUCAGCUACAUCACCACAGUCAUCAGAUACAUCACCACAGUCAUCAGUUACAUCACCACAGUCAUCAGUUACAUCACCACAGUCAUCAGUUACAUCACCACAGUCAUCAGUUACAUCGCCACACUCAUCAGUUACAUCACCACAGUCACCAGUUACAUCACCACAGUUGCAUCACCACAGUCAUCAGUUACAUCACCACAGUCAUCAGUUACAUCACCACACUCAUCAAUUACAUCACCACAGUCAUCAGCUACAUCACCACAUUCAUCAGUUACAUUACCACAGUCAUCAGUUACAUCACCACACUCAUCAGUUACAUCACCACAGUCAUCAGUUACAUCACCACAGUUACAUCACCACAUUUCAUCACCACAGUCAUCAGAUACAUCACCACAGUCAUCAGUUACAUCACCACAGUCAUCAGUUACAUCGCCACAGUCAUCAGCUGCAUCGCCACAGUCAUGUCAUCAGUUACAUCACCACAGUUACAUUACCACAGUCAUCAGUUACAUCACCACAGUAAUCAGUUACAUCACCACAGUCAUUAGUUACAUCGCCACAGUCAUCAGUUACAUUACCACAGUUGCAUCACCACAUUCAUCAGUUUCAUCACCACAGUCAUCAGAUACAUCACCACAGUCAUCAGUUACAUCACCACAGUAA